GCAUGAUCUUGAAGAAAUUUAAUCAAAAUUAGUCAAAUAGGAUCUUCAAACAGAGUUCAAACGGCACUCUUGCAUCUGUUGAGAAGUAUUGUUGGACACUAAAUAUUUGAGAGAGAACUGACCCAAGAAAGAGUCAACAACCAAUACGCAGAUUUUUGAAACAUCAAACAUCUCACAGGCCAGAGCAGCUCCUCUCUCCAGCGUGACUUCUGCAACUCUUUCAGAAGAUAUCUGCCUGGACUUCUUACAUGGAUUGCUUCAGAUAUCCUGGCUGAUUCUCUCCACAACACAGACUGCAGAGUCUGUAAAGGAGCUCAGAAUUGUGAAUUGUGCGGACAUGGACGCGGAGCCAUGACCCACAUGGAAGAGCAAGAGCGAGACUUCAGCAGCUACAGUGAGGAUGACAACCCCAAUGACAGCUGGUCCUUGUUACAGACCAUGAACUAUGUGGGUCAGUUGGCGGGCCAGGUGUUUGUGCAGGUCAAGGAGCUGUACAGGGGACUCAACCCUGCAACACUGUCUGGAUGUAUAGAUGUCAUCGUGGUGCAGCAGCCUGAUGGCUCCCUGCAGUGCUCCCCCUUCCACGUCCGCUUCGGCAAGAUGGGUGUGCUGCGGUCCCGUGAGAAAGUGGUGGACAUAGAGAUUAAUGGAGAGCCAGUGAGUUUGCACAUGAAGCUGGGAGAGAAUGGAGAGGCAUUCUUUGUCAAAGAGACUGAGAACACACUGGAAAUUGUUCCGUCCCACCUUGCAACAUCACCGAUCAUAUCAACGGGUGCGGAGUUAAUGGAGUCCCAGCUGGGCAGGGGGAGCUCUCGUCACCAUGACACCAUCCCCUGUAGCUCAGUUCCCGUCCAAAGCCUGGGACCGCAGCAAAGUGAUGGCGGGAUGACCAAGAAGAGGAGGAAAAGAAGGAGGAAGGCACGGCCAGAGGCAGGAGGAGGAGGAGGGAGGAGAGAGGAGAGCGGGGAAGAGUUCUCGGAGGACGAGGACAUGUUUACUAUUGACUUGAGUUCAGAUGAGGAGAGAGAGGGUGACGGCAGCAGACCUGUGUAUGGUGAUCAGGGGUCUGCAGCCAACACUCGCACACGCCCCGGCACUGAUUGGACCCGUUCACAGAGCAAUGUGUUUAAGGAGACUCUCUCUAUCCCUCCCCCCUGUGGUCUGUCCAUCUCCUGUCCUCAGCAGAUCUCUCACUUCUCUUCCGCUGUUAGCAGCCUUGACGAUUCACGGCCAUCAACACCGAAGAGCGACUCAGAGCUAACCAAUCAGAACAAAGACAACCCAGAGAUGUUGUGGACCUGGGGGGAGCUGCCACAGGCUGCCCAGCCAUCCUUCCUGACUUCCCACCAGAAGCAGGACUCUGCCAUAGCAGUCUCCAUCCCGAUGUCUGCCAGCACUCACUUCAGAGCCAUCAGUGACACUGGACCCCCCUCCCUCACUCUUUAUGUUCCCCAGCCAGGGGAGACUGAUGCUCACAGUGGGGAAAAGGACACAGAGGAAGGCAAAAAUGGAGCCAGGGUCAGACUAAGCACUAAGACUGAGGACAGGGUUGGAGGAGAUGAAGGGAGAGAGGUGGAAAGUGUCGGGUUAUCAUGUGCAGAGAUGGAGGGUUUAACAGCCUGCUCAGUGUCUCCCAGGGUUCUCCCUGAUCAUCUUGAUGAAGGCGGGAAUAGAGGAAGUCCCAUCAGAAGAACUGAUUCGCCCUCCAAGAAGAAAGAAAAGAGAAGCCAACACCUGGGAUCUGAUGGCAUAUACCUGGAUGACAUUACAGAGCUGGAGCCUGAAGUAGCUGCUCUCUACUUUCCUAAAAGUGAUGGAGGCGGUAGCUCCAUGAGGGGAGACUCAGAGAUGAUGAUGAUGGGAGUACGGAGCGCUAACCAGUCCCCACAGUCAGUGGGCAGCAGUGGGAUGGACAGCGGCGUAGACAGUUUGUCUGACCAAAUAGCGGACCUGCCUCAUGUCGCCAUCUCUUUGUGUGGAGGACUCACUGACAAUACGGAGAUCACAAGAGAGCAGUUCCAGGAGAGGGCAAUUUCCUACCAGCAGUUCUCUGAAAACCCUUCAAUAAUUGAUGACCCUAACCUGGUGGUCAAAAUAGGAAACAAGUACUACAACUGGAACACAGCAGCUCCUGUCAUGUUGGCCAUGCAAGUCUAUCAGAAACCACUGCCGCAGUGUUGGUGUUUGAGUUAUGUGUUUUCUGCUUUUGGCCUCUUCUCGUACUGCCUCCCUGGUCUGUUUGGCUCCAGCCCUUCCAAGCCUGCCUCAGUGGAGAACAUCAUGAAAGAGAAGAUGCCAAAGAAAGGAGGACGCUGGUGGUUCUCAUGGAGGAGCAGAAACAGUGACUCCAAAUCAGAAUCAGUGACAGAGGCAGGAGGAGACCAAGGAGAGAGUUCACUCACUAUGCCCUCAGUGAACAGGAUGAAGGAUGAGUCAUCCUCUAGUGAUGAAGACCACAGAUCGUCCAAUCAGGCAUCAGGAUCCUGCCAGUCAGAGCUCCUCAUGAGUUCUGGCAACGUCUGUUAUAAGAAGACUCUUCGGCUUACCUCAGAGCAGCUGGCUAGCCUGCAGCUGAAGGAGGGCCCUAAUGAUGUAGUGUUCAGUGUGACCACUCAGUAUCAGGGCACCUGUCGCUGUCAUGGCACAAUCUAUCUUUGGAGCUGGGAUGACAAGAUUGUCAUCUCUGACAUAGACGGAACCAUCACCAGGUCAGACACCCUGGGUCACAUCCUCCCCACACUGGGUAAAGACUGGACCCACCAGGGUAUUGCACGGCUCUACCACAAAGUCAGCCAGAAUGGAUAUAAAUUCAUGUACUGCUCGGCGAGGGCCAUUGGCAUGGCUGAUAUGACUCGAGGCUACUUGCACUGGGUCAAUGAGAGGGGAACCAUGCUGCCAGUGGGCCCAGUGCUGCUGAGCCCCAGCAGCCUUUUUUCUGCUUUGCACAGGGAGGUGAUUGAGAAGAAACCAGAGAAGUUUAAGAUCGAGUGUCUCUCAGACAUCAAGCAUCUUUUCUACCCAAACACAGAACCUUUCUACGCUGCUUUUGGCAACAGAGCUACGGAUGUGUAUUCCUACAAGGAGGUGGGUGUUCCUCUGAACAGGAUUUUCACUGUCAAUCCCAAAGGGGAGCUGAUACAGGAGCACGCCAAAACCAAUAUCUCCUCCUUUGGGCGUCUGUGCGAGGUGGUUGACCACGUCUUUCCAGUCCUAGUUCGAGAUGAGGGAGCAGACCUCCCCUGCACUGACACCUUUGGCCAGUGCAACUACUGGAGUGAACAAAUUCCUGAUGGCACCAACCAGGAAGAAGGAGACGCACAGACACUUGAGACAAGCUAAGAAACCCCCAUCAGAUCCAGCACUGAAGACACUGUGUUCCAGCUCUUCAACACACCGCAGUCAGGCACCACAUUGCGGUCAGUGGUGUUGUGAUUCAUUGUGUAGCCAACAAUCAUGGCACCAACAUGUUUCUUAAGAUAAGUAACAGCGACUACUGAUUAAAAUUAGAUGAAUGUGUUUUCAAUAUCCCCAUCAUUCAGCAGAACACAAGCAGACCUUUGAGUUGAUUUCAAAUAAGUUUAAAAAUACAACAAAUGAAUUGAUUUGAGAAAAAAAGGGGGGAAAUGCAUUUCAACAACUGCCUGAGGAGUGCUCAAUUCUCUCAUAUCACACCUUUGCAAGUGCACUGACUCCACACACACACACACACACACACACACACACACACAUACAUACACAUAAGUAAAACUUGUAAUUCCAUAUCCAACGCACAGCACUGCAGGAUAUAAGUAUAAUAUCCAUCACUGCAUAUUUUUUAGCUCCUUAAGAGAUUCCUUUGACUGGUUACCAGUCUCUCCUUCAUACCACACCACUCUUCAUUUACACCAGUGGAUAGAAAGGCUGCCACACACACGGGAAAAUAAUUAUUUUGCACCCGUAUGGCUACUAAAACAUAAGCACUCAUCGUGUUAAAUUAGAUUAAAAAAAAUGAAAAUGAAAAAUGAAAGUGAAAUUCUGCUGGAUUAUAUGCAAGCAGCCCUUCCAGACUACCUAACACAACUGGCUUCCACAUUUGACAAUUAAAUAUAAAUUAUACAAUUCAGCUUUUCAAAACAGCCUGUUUGUGCAUCACUGAUUUUUUAAAAUCUUAUUUAGGAGAGAAUACUGUCUUUUUUACCCAUCACAUGCAGUAUAUUCAUCAAUUAAUAAGUAGAGACUGACUUGGUUAAAGUUUUACCUGGUCCAGGUAUGUGGUAGUAUUCUUUUCUGACCUCAAGUGCAGUAGACACAGCACUUUGCUCCAGAAACACCACAUUAUAGUACAUUAUUGUAAAAUCAUUCAGAACAUGCAAAAACAGCACAGGUAGUGUAUCCAGUCCUCUUCUGUGCCAAACUCCUUUGCAGGUCCAUUUAAAUGUGUGUGGUCUUCUGACCGUUUUACUGUGAAAGAUGUGGCUCUGGCACAUUUUCUAACUAGUGUUCAUUGACAUUACUCAAGAUAAAUGCAGGACAAUGCAAAUAACUUCAGUCUGUGUUCUUUCUGUCUGUUUUUAUACGUACAUACCUAAUACAUUAACACCAGUGAUAUGCUAGAAUGUAGGAUGUAAAUCACUCAGAGUGUUUUAACGACUGAUGCUCAUCAAUGCAAUGACUGUACACACCUAUACAGGACUACAGUUAUGUAUUUUUUGUGUUGUAAUGUUACUGCACAAAUCAGUAUACGUUUGUGUAAAGCACUUAUCUGUCCUAUAGUGGAGAAUUAAUGCAGUAUAUUCAGAUGCUGUAAUGAUCUCUCUUUACAAACGCACCUAUUUUCCGUUGUUUGUACGUUUAAAUUUUUUAUCAAAUGUUUUCAUCUGUUAACAUCUACUGUACUUCAUUUAUGUGAGUGGAUGCCUGUCUGCCUGAUUAUUUUUACCAUAUGUAUAACUUAAAAUGGGGGAAACCACUGUAAAAAAUGAAGGGCUUUUGUUUUUUGAGAAUCCGCUAACAUUUGAGGGCUGAUAUGUUGUCUGAAAUACUUUGCUAAUGGUGCUCAUUCAAAUGAACUAUGUCAUUUUAUGCUUUACUACAAAUGUCUUUCUAAACCAGCUGCCUCCUGUUGCAGGUGGCAGUUUUCACCAUGUGACCACUAAAGCAAUAGAUCAACAUGAAGGUAUUUUAGAAAAGCCAAUAGAUGGAUUAAUAGAUGGAUGUAACAUCAGCUGUUAAUCCUACAUCAUUUUGUUUCAUUCGGUGCCUCUGUUUUAUAUCAUGGGCAUCAUGAUCGCCAGUUACAUGAAGUGCAAACUACGAUAUGGUUGAAAAUACUUGUAAUUCUUGCUUCUUCAACAUAAAACCUCCUUUAUUCAUGUUAAGUCAAAAUUGAAUGGCUGAAAACAGCUUUGAAUGAAUGACAUCUCUUGAAGAAAAAGAAUAAGAAAUUCUACUAUCAUCUUGAUUUUAAAUGAUCUGAAAAAACAAAUCUCAAAGUAAUUACCCAUAUUUUUGUUAGAAUUUAACAAGGAUAUUUGCACCCUGAUAUUAAUGUAUCCUAUAUUGAACAAAAGUAAAAUCAAAAUGGCAGAUUACUGUGAAAAUGAAAUCUGACUGUAGUCUGACUGAGUGUGACUAUGUUAUACUGUUAUAUACUCUUUGUGCUUUCAUGCUGUACUGUGGUUGACUUUGCCUAAAGGAAACUAAUCAGGAAUGAACCCUUGAUCUGAUCUAAAACUGUUAAUGUUGACCAUGAUGUUGACUUUUGGUGAGUCCAGUGUAAUUUGUGUCAGAGGAAAAGACGCAUGCUUUUGUAAUGUUAAGAUAGAUGCACAUUUACAUGGAUGUAAUGGUCACUGUCUUGCCACCUGAUGUUCGUAGGGAAGUACCUAAAAUAACAGAGAGACAUUAAACAGUUAAAAACUGUCUAUUAUGACAGUUUGAGGCUUUUACAUAAUUUAUUAUAACAACGAGGUUUAAAUUAUAAUUAUUCUGUUCAAAAGCACACUCUGAUCUAUGUGAGGUCAGUGUCACUUAAUAAUCAAAACACUUUUCAUAUGAUUAUGUGACAGUUUCUGGUAAUUAUAGCAUAAAGAUCUAUUAUAAUAUUUUAUUUAUUAAAUAUGGAAGUCAAAGGAAGCAAAGCUGACAUGUCUUUUUCAAUGUACAUAAUGCUCUUCCCAAUUUUUUAGAGUAAAUCAUCUUUUUGAUGAUUAUCACCUAAUUCUUUCUGUGAAAGAUCUAUUAAAACUCUCUAUCCAGUCUGUCUGUCUCGACAUGGAUGUCGAUCCAGUGUGUUGUCCCGUGUAAAGAUUAUGUUAUGCUAAGCAGGAGCCUACCGAGCAGUGUGCAGUGCAAGCUAUUGUUAACAAUGUAGUUUGAAUAAAUCUGUGCAAUGGACACAUUUUUCAAUAAACUCAAAGGUGGUUGCUUA